UAGAAGUUUCGAAUGCGUAACAUCAUCGUCGUUCUCCAAAUUCCUAACGGUUAAACCCUCGCGCACAGUUUAAAAGUCUGUUACUUCAUUCUCUUCUCCUGCAAAACCCUAAUUUUUCAGCAAUAGUGUACCGCUACCUUUUGCUUUCUGUUUUAUUUUGUGAUUUUUAUUUUUUAAUAAGGGACGAACAUGUCCCAGAAUAACCUUGAAUCGGAUUCAUUGCAAAACCCUAGAGUGACAUGGGAAGGUUGCAGCGUGCUGCUCGACAUUAACGAUGGCGACCGUCUGGUUUUUUCUCGUCUCACUCCAGGCUCGAAUUUGAAAAUUGGCAACAAAAAUUUAUCUUUGCGGCCCUUGAUCGGUUGUCCCUUUGGUUCACUGUUUCAAAUUGAAAACGGAAAGGAAGGGCCCUGUUUAUCUAGAUUCAUUCCCUCCAAACAAGGGAAUAAUGCUGAAGAAAAAAGCGAUUGUGAAAUGAUUGAUGAAUCAAGAGACAAUAGAGCAUUAAUUGAUAACAAUAAAGCUCAAAGCCUAACUGGCGAUGACAUAGAUGCAAUGCGGAGGCAGGGUGCAAAAGGUGAAGAAAUAAUUGACGCCCUCAUUGCCAAUAGUGCUACAUUUGAGAAGAAAACAUUGUUCUCGCAAGAGAAAUAUAGGCUUAAGAAGCAAAAAAAGUAUGCGCCUAGAGUACUUCUGAGGCGACCAUUUACUCGAAGCAUAUGUGAGACAUACUUCAAGAAAUAUCCUGCUAGAGAUGGCUACCUGCGAAUCGAUGCAUUGUCUCUUCUACUUUCAAUGGCAAAUGUUACUGCCAACUCCGAUAUACUGGUAAUGGAUAUGGUUGGCGGCCUUCUUACUGGUGCUGUAGCUGAGCGUUUAGGAGGUACAGGUUAUGUUUGCAGUACAUAUCUUGGAGAUACACCACAUUCUGUCGAUAUAGUGAGAAUGUUCAACUUCAACAACGACAUUUGCAAAAGGAUUGUGCGGGCUUCUCUAAGUGACCUCUGUUUAGCUCAAAAUGAAACUUCUAACCAAAGUUGUGCACAUGAAGAUGCUCCCAUGGAGUCAAAUGGUCAAACUUCAUCAAUCAGCAUGGCGGAAAUGUCCCUCUCAUCUGAGCCUGAGGCUGCAGAUAUAGAUCCAGAUCCUACUGCUUCUCCUGCAAGCAAAAUAAGCAAAGUGCAUAAAGCAGGAGAAAGGGCAACAGAUGAAGCCUUGAAAUUGUGGAAGGAAAAUGGGUUUUCAAGCCUAAUAAUUGCUGCUCCAGAUCUGGAUCCUUGGAGCUUAGUCAAUGAAAUCUUGCCACUUCUAUCAUAUUCAGCUCCAUUUGCUAUCUACCACCAGUAUCUUCAGCCUCUAGCAACAUGCAUGCACAAUCUACAACUUGGGAAAAUGGCAAUUGGCUUGCAAAUUUCAGAACCUUGGCUACGGGAAUACCAGGUUCUUCCUUCGAGAACUCAUCCAUGCAUGCAGAUGAGUGCAUUUGGAGGUUACAUCCUAAGUGGGACAAGAAUAAGUAGCAGCUAAUCUCUGUUUCAAAAGAAUAACUAGAUAACACCAUGCUCGAUCAUGCAUGUAGGCUGUUUGUUGGCAAGCAAGGCGAAGCCUCAUUAAGUGUAUACUAGAUUCUGAUUUCUAUUUAUUGUUAUUUUUGGUUUACUGUAUAAUUUAUGAAUUUGCAAUGCCACAUGUUAGUUUUUUUUCCUUUGCGGCAUUCCUAUCUAAUUUCCCUGUCUUGAUUAGUUGAUUAUUUGUGACGAUUUUUGGGUUUCAAUAAUGGCCUUUGUUCUUGCGAGUAAUA